AUGCGUUCUAUAUUGAAAAAGAGACCUGGAGAAGAGACAGCCAGCUGUCUGUCCCCAAUCAAGUGCUUGGCAAAGGGCUGCAAUUUGAGAGGUGGAGGGUACAAACAGACAAGAAAAGCUGGAGGCCAGAAGACCCAUGCUCUCGGAAAGCCUACUCCCCACUCAUCUAAUGCUUCUCAGUGGAAUACUGGUCCCCCUAGCCGCCCUUCCUCAGCACACAGUCAGAAUGUGCCAGAAACCUUGGCCAAACAUAGUGGGAAGCAAAAGAAAGCGUCCAGGUUAUGGGAGUCCCAGAAAGCCGAGGAGAGAAAAAGGAGUCAUCGUGUGACAUUCAGCUUGCCAUUCACAGACCAUGGGUCCUACCAGUCUCUCACCUCCGUAGACGAUGACUUUGAUGAAACCACUAGCAAACCUGUCUUCAAACCCGAGCUGGUCACUGCCCAUUGCUUCAGGCGGUUGAAGCAGAAAGACUUCCACCUGCCAAAGAGCCGCCGGCGGAUCAUCAUUGUGCCUAGCACAAAGGACCAAGUGCUGGCCCAGCCCACAGUCCCUCUUCCUGCUCCCCUUCCACUCAUGCCUAGCUUCAAAGUUCUGGAUACUGGAGACACCCAAGAGCUGCCAGUGAACAAGAAGGCUUGGCUGAAUCAGAGGGCAAUGCUUCGGAGACAGCUGGAGACAUUUGGUGAUGUCAAGAGGUGGCUGGACAAUAAGCCCACCAUCACAUCAUCAGAGAUCAAGGUUCUGUCUGUGAUUCGCCAGGAGCAAAAAGCCCCCAAACGUACCUUGAUUUCAGUCAGGAGACCCAAGGGCCAAGCUCUCAAACAUGUCCGCAAGUCUGCACCCCAGCUGCGACUGCCUAAGCCCCCUGUCCUGGCUGACAUGUAUGCCUACCUGCGUAGUCGGAAGAUCAAGAUCCUGGAGAUAUUUAGCAGGGCAGAGCGGGGUGAGAACCAGCGCAUCUCCAGAGAAGAAUUUCUCAUGGCUCUGAAGGCAAUCGGAGUCCCUCUGAAGAGCCAGGAGCUGGAGGACAUCAUCAUUUACCUUGGCUCUCUUGGGAAGCAGAAUGCCAUCACCACAGAAGCCCUGGCCAGUACCUACAAGCAGUGGUCACUGGCCCAGCAGAGAAGCACCAUACCUUCUACCAAGGAGUAUUACAAUUUGUCUGGAAAGAGAACCUUUCUGAGGCAUAGCCCUAAAAAGCAGCAGGCUAGCUCAUCCCCACAGCCUCCCAAGAUGGACCUGCUGAAGGUGCCUGAGGUUGAUACAAAGAUGGAAGGGCGGCCCAUGUCAGAGGAAGACAUGGAAGAUGUGGGCAGACGGUACCGAGAAAGGCGGAGGCAGAACAAGCUCACUCUCCCCUCCAUCCAAUACAUGGAGAACUGCCGGCUGGUUCGAUCUGGGACAAAACAGUUUGAUGAUCACUGCCUGCCAUCCACCAUUUCUGGAGAGAUGGAGGAGCUGCUCAACAUGACCCGUAGGGAUAACUUCCUAGUCUACCUACAGUGCUGGGAACUUUGUGAGGCCUACGGUCUCCCACUGACUGAAGACAUCCUCAUGAGAGCACUGCUGUAUCCAGGAGACAAGAUAAUCUGUCUGAAAGAAGAAGUCCGUCCAAUCCGGCAGCCUGGAGGCUACUAUAUAGACGAGAGGAUUGUCCACAUCCUGGCUGGGUUCAAGGACCGCCAGAAGUUCGGAGAGAAGAAGAGAGACAAGAAAACAUCAAAGAAAAUGAAGACAAUGCACUUUCACGAUUUCGAGAAAUUUACUGGGAAGCUGAAGUUGAAGAGGCUAAGUGGUCCCUCAUGCACCCACCCCAAUCACUUCUGGCCUGGUCACCUUCUGGACAAGCUGCGGCUCUACCUGCCCACUGUAGCCAAGGACAACAGCCUGGCAAUCUUCAGCUGUGUACAAUACAAGCCCCCUGUUUACCCUGCCAUCUACCACCCUAAGGACUGGUGGCCCAUGAAAGACUUUGCUUAUGUGACCCAUGCCUAUUAUGAUGCAAACAAGGUAUACUCCAUCACCUAGAGUGGCCUGAGGGAGGCUGGGCCAGAAGACAGUGCAGCCAGAAGCCCACAGCUGCACACUUGAGAUACAAAAGAAACAUUCCCUGGGAAGGUCUGGGGAUGUGUCCCCUAAUGCCACACAGUGUCCAGUGGAGUGUGGAUGUGUCCACACACACAUGCUGUGUUUUCUUCUCUGUUAUGACC